AAAUAUUAUGAUCAGCUGAUUCUUCCAGCUGUAACGUCCGCGUUUCUGCCAUCGAGUUGCUGUUUCUGUUAAGCCGUACAGUACUUUAAUAGGACGUGUUUUGUGUGUUAUCACACAUAUUUUUGCACUUAUGAUUAAAUUCACUAAAAGGAAAAGACGCUUGUGGUUGUAAAGUGACAAUUUUAACGGGAGACGCCAUCCUGUAAUACUGCCUUUAGGGUUGGGCAUAUCACAUUUGCCAUGUCUGUGAAGCACGCCAUCGGUCGGGGCCUGAAGCUAGUCAGCUCCAUGCUGAUGAAGCUGGGAUGUUUAAAGCCAGGAAUUCAAGUUGCAGCAAGAGUGGGAGAACAACACCUGAGAUUAAGCCCUGGUUUGUCCGUCGGUGCAGCGGUGACCCGAAGUUUGGGAAGGUACCGGUAUUACAGGGUGUCCAUCGGUGGACUGGCAGCUCAGCUGCGUCAUCAGUUUUUGAGAAGGUUGCUUGGGGGAGUAGGACCUGGUACUCGUGCCACCUUCCUGGCGUUUGGAAUAGGUUUACGACUUAUUGAGGAACAGUACAAGGAAGACGUGCAGACUAUAACUGCAUGUCGAGAGAUACAGCGGGUAUUUUACAGAAAGCAUGCACUUCAUGAAAAAGAUCCUUUAAAGCAUUAUCGAUCAUUUGGUUACAAGUUAGAAGAAUACCAGAUUGGACCUCGCAUUGGGAAAGGCAGCAAUGCAGCAGUGUAUGGGGCAAGUAUGCUACCCAAUAAUAGUGGUCAGUCUGACGAUAAGUUAGACUUUCUGGUUAAACCUGGAGAAGUGGAGCAGCCUUCUAUAAGCACGGGUAUUCCGGAGGUACAGAGCCGAGCAUUAUGUCUGCCUGUGAAGCCUCAAGAAAACUGUAGAUGUCCUUUGGCUGUCAAGAUGCUUUGGAACGUUUCGGCAGGUUCUUCCAGUGAAUCUAUAUUUAGAUCUAUGCACCAAGAGUUGGUUCCAGCAAAUUCUAAAGCUUUAAUAGAGAAAUGUGGCUCUGUUGAUGUUUAUGGAAAUUUUGGCACUCCCCCAAAGAAGCUGGAGCCUCAUCCAAAUGUAGUCCAAGUCCUGAGAGCCUUUACAUCUGAUGUGCCACUUCUGCCUGACGCCAAGGUUGAGUACCCUGAUGUUUUGCCCGCCAGGCUGUACCCAGCUGGGAUUGGCCACAACCGCACACUGUUUCUGGUAAUGAAAAAUUAUCCAGGUACUCUGAGACAAUAUCUCAGUGGUACUCUUCCAGAUGUUAGAGUGGCGGCCAUGAUGAUUCUUCAGCUGCUGGAAGGGGUUGAUCACCUAGUCAAGCAAAGGAUAGCUCACAGAGACUUGAAGUCAGAUAAUAUUCUUGUGGAACUAGAUGCUUCUGGUCUUCCACGACUGGUAAUCACAGAUUUUGGUUGCUGUCUAGCAGAGGAAGCAGUUGGUCUUAAGUUGCCUUUCACAAGCUGGUAUGUUGAUCGAGGUGGGAACAGUUGCUUAAUGGCCCCAGAAGUAGCCACAGCACUCCCUGGCCCUCGAGUUGUGAUUGACUAUUCCAAAUCAGAUGCUUGGGCAGUGGGAGCUAUAUCAUAUGAGAUUCUGGGACAGCCAAAUCCAUUCUACAUGCAGAGAAACAAAGGCUUGGAAAGCCGAAACUAUGCUGAAGAGCAUCUUCCAGCAUUGCCAGUUAGUGUUCCUUUAAAUUUGCGACAUGUGAUAAGGCUGCUGCUUUGUCGGAAUCCCAAGAAAAGGCCAUCAGCUAGAAUUGCAGCAAACAUGCUUCAUUUGAGAUUGUGGGGUGAAGACAUCCUCAAUUCUGGCAAGCUCAGAGUGUCAGAAGCAGUUACAUGGCUUCUUUCCCAGGCAGCUGCCACCCUACUGUUAAACAGAAUGCACCAUGGAAAUACAGUUGAGACUGAACUGAGAAAAAGUUUUCUUGCAAAUCUGGACUAUGAAGAACUGAAAACAGCAGCAGCUUUAGUCCAUGCUGGAAAGGAGGGAUCUUUUUAACACCUCAGCCAACAGCACUUCUUUUGAUCAAAUUGUUACCAAAAACAUACAGGCAAAUAAUGCUUGUUAAAUCUGAUUUCUUUACACAGUUCAAAGUUACAUAUGUGAAGUGCUUGUUAAAUAAUCUGAUUAUUUUAUACUACACAGCAUUACCUACAUGAAGUUGUAAAAGCACAAUCAAAUAGUGGAAUCAUAAUUAACUCUAAGGCAAGCUAGGUAAAAUGUUAAAAUAAAUGUCUGUCUGUUGUUGUCAUAGUUCUGCUCUCCUUGCCUCCAGUGAUCAAAGGCAACCAAGUUCCCCUUCCCCACAGCCAGUUUGCAAGUUCAGCUUGUUUACAUUUCUGAAAGUUAGCAUUAGCAAAGUCUUGGCAGCUGUCCUGGACAGGGACUUUUUAUAUUAUGUCCUUUUUGUGUCCACCAUGAAUAAUUCACAAAAUGCUGAGGCGACUGUGAGCUCUCACUUUCCUAUACUCAUACCCCCUCACAAUGCACCCUUUUACUUCCUUUGCCAACCUUGACUUAGGCAAGCUUAUAUUUUGGCCAAAUGCUUGGAACCUUCUCACCCCCUUCCCCUGAAAAUAAGUAUUUUACCUACUCUAACCUUUUCCCCUUAGAUACCUGUCCCCUGUAUGCACCAGUAGUUAACCAGUGUACCACAGGUGUGUAGCUCCCAUGUCACCACAUUGACUUUUUCCUGAUUUAUGGUUUUAGGGAUUACUUAAAUAUGAUGUAUGCCAGUAAACACAUAUAAAUAGUAAAUCGCUAUAAAAAUGUGUGACGUGCACAUAUUUUUUUAAAUUUGACAUAUGAGAGCACUUACUGAAGCAUGAACAGUGUAAGUGAGAAGGUUAUGUUCAUAGUCCUAAGCACUUAAGAUAUCAACUGCAUUGUCGGGGAAAAUAUUAGGUACACAGGCAGACUGAACAGUUUAAGGUGCGCAGCAGUAAUUAUAAAUUAAAGUAUAUUUGAAAUUUCACUGAAAAUGACCAGUCUAUUUCUUCAUGAUUCUGAAACCAAAUUUUUUUAUGUUUGCUCCUCGCUUGUUCCUCUUCACUUGAAAAUGACUUUACUGGAACCAAGUUUGAUGUGCAAUUCUGAAUUUUUAUCACUUUGGUGUUUACCACUGCCAGUUUCAAUUCAGCACUUUGACUCAAGUGGUCAUUGCAUGUAACAACUGAGGAUGUUACCAGUUUUUUUGCAGCUAGGACAAAGUCAGUGCUCUUCGGGUUUAACUGGCAAGACCAAAGCAGUGCUCUUUAGAAUUAAACCUGCAAAGAUGGCUAUAAGUAGUAACACCCCUCAUCUCACUAUUUUAAGUGAAUGAUUGGUAGAUAAUAGUUAACCGUUUAUGUGGACUUACUUAUUAUUUACUUACUUACUUAUUUCCCUUGUACUGGACAUUUCUUCUUGUGGUUAGCAGUGGUUGCAUAUGUUUCCGUUGGGAGUAUGAUUUCUAACUGAUGUAACCUAAAAGGAAACUGAAACAAUUUGUUAGCAUGUUUGAUCACUGCUGAAGUAUCUGUUCAUACCUUUGGUUUGAUUAAUGUAAUUUUGCACUUUAUUUGACUUGGGAGAAUGAUUUUGUGUGUAAUUUAUGAAAAUGUCAGCCUCCUUUAGACAGUUUGCUGUGCGUCUUGUGUUGUAAGAGCUUUAUUUUUGUUGGAAUUAGAAGCAGAAAGUACAAAAUAUGUGUGUUAAGGUUGCAUAAAGCCUUUCAGGAAUGCAAUUUAAACUUAAAAAAAUUACAGUUAUAGCUCUUGUAGGAGAGGGUUGCUGUCCCCUUUAAACUCCCACCCUUCAUGUAUGAGUAUAGGGGGGUUUAAUGGGGGAGCUCUCCUCUUCAAAGCAGUACUACUAGUAUUUUUUGCAUAAUUCCCAUGAUAGUUUAUCUCUUCACUGAACACAGAUGAUGUUUCGUUGACAUUCAUUUCAUAAUUGCAACAUCAUGUGUUUAAAUACUGAUUCUUGUCUUUAUAUUGGAUGAGCUUUUUGUUUUUCCUUACAUUUCAAGCACAAAAUUAAAUGGUGGUGGAGGAGGCACAGAACAGGGAGACCAGCAAAAAUGAUGGUGAGGACAGAAAAGGCAAACGUUAACAGGGUGUUAGCACAGGGGGUCAAGAAGGGAAGUAAAGGUGGUUUAUGUACUUGGCAGAAUUAAAGAAAGUGCUGAGAGGACUGGCUGAACAAAAAGGGAAGGGAGAUCACAGAAGGCUGGAGAAAAGCAGGUGUGCUGAAUGAAUGCUGUGCUUCAGAAUUCACUAAAGAAAGCAAGAGGAGGGUGGCAUGCCAGGAGUGGGGCAUAGAAGAAUGGGGACAACAGUGGACAGAUGCCAGGAUAGAGAGGGAGGAUGAGGCAGAAAGGGAACUGGCUGCCCUUAUGGAAGGUAAAGCAUGAGGGCCAGAUAAGCUGCCUUUUACAGUCCUCAGAAGUCUGGUCAUUGUAUCUGUUGGCAGACCCUACCUCCAUUGGGGAUCUGCAAUAGAUCACUGACUGUCGGAAAAAAUGCAGAAAAUCAUGGGCCUGGUAGCUUAACAUCUGUGGCAGGGAAAGUAUGUGGAUAGAAUAAUGCGUGAAAACUGAUAGCAUUUUUAGAGAACAACAGUCUUUAAGACGGCAACUAAUGUUCAUGGACGGAAGGAGCCGAGUCUCAUUAUUAUCUUCCUUUAUGACUGGGUCACAGGAUCCUGAAAGGAGAUUACCAGUAGAUGUAGUUUCACGGAGUCUCACACAGGAAGUUGACAGGAAAACUGGAGAGGUUUUGGAGGUUAAUAAGUUUGAGGAACUCUGUAGCCACACGGUUGAAUGGUAAGAUACAGCUAUUGAGAUGAGAAGAACAGUGUUAGAAAUUAGGAAACUGUCUAGUGGUGUACCAUAGGAAUCUCACCCUUGUCCAGUUCCAUUCAUUGCUUUUGUGUCAGACAUCUAAGGGAACAGAAGACAGGAUCAGCCACACAUACUACUAAUGACAUAAAGAUAAGUGCAAUAGUGGAGAAUGUGGGAAGAGUUGAGGAGAGGUUUUGGAAAGGCUAAACAAGUAGGUAGGAAGGUGGCAUUUGAGGUUCAGUGCAACCAAAGGCAACUUGUUUCAAGUAGGCCACAAAAAUCUUUUUGCAAAGUAUCCAUGGCCGGAGUGGAACUUGGCAGCAGAAUGGGAAAGCAACAUGUUGCUGUUGAUCAUAUAGGUUUGGACCACCAGGACAAACAGAAGCUGGGAAUUUUCCUCAAAUGGUUAGUUUCCAGAAGCAAUGAGGUAAUGUUGCCACUUUUCAGGACUCUGAUAAGAUCAUACCCUGAGUACGGCAUGCAGUUCAUAGGUUCAUAGGUAGGUACUAGGCUAUCGGCCCAAGGGCCUACGCAAGCCUAGCCAACAAGGUUCCCUGGCUUACGCCACCCAAGAAAGUUAUUUUCCUGUGCCCCUGUCGAGCAGAGCCACAGAAGUGAUGUGAGGUUCAUAUAAGGAAGUUCUGGAGGUCAUAUAAGGAAAUGGACAUCAGGCUGCUGGAAUUAACCUAGAAGAAAGCCACCAAAAAGAUCCAUGUGAUAGAGGGGAAGGAAUGUGACCAGAGGUUAGAGGGGCAGUAGCUUCUUUCACUUAACAUGAGAAGAGCCAGGGCAUACAUAUCAUGUCAGUUAGAUGGGAAGUAAUCUGUCUGAACCAGAAGGAUAGAAGAAAGAGGAAGACACAGUGAUAGGAGGUGAACUUCUCCCUAGAUCACUGAAGGUACUUUUUCACAGAGAAGGUUGUCAAUUCAUGGAAUGGAUUAGUGGAAUGGGUGGUGGAGAGAAACUGCACAGAUGCAUUCAGGAGGGCUUGGGACAGGUGGAAAAGGUUAGUGGAUGUAGGUAGGGAUGGAGGGGAGAUAAAAUGUUAAAUGCUGUUAAAAAUGCAUGCUAGAUCAUUUUGCUGCCGGCAGAUGUGAUGUAAUUGUAAAUUUUGUCACCGAUCAUUAUUCAGCCUAUAUUAGCCACUUUUUUGAUGUCAUAAAUGUUUGGAUUUUGGAAAAUUAAUGUUGGCAGUAGAACUGUAGUCACAACUGCUGUCAUACUUAUGCAGGUUACAGGGAAAGCCCCAUUUGGGUUCCUCAGUGUGUUGAAUUCACUUUUAAUUAUUGCUUUAUAUUCUUUGUAUUUAGUCAUUUUCAUCGGAGCUGUUCUUGUAGCACUAGUUUAUAUGACAAUUAUACACAUUGUGGUUUUCUAAUGUAAGUAGUGAUGCAAAGCUUACAAGUGAGGAAUCAUUUUCACAACGGAUGAAGUCUGAACUGUAGUAUUAUUUCUGUAUUAUUUAGAUAGAUAAAGAUUUAUCUUCAGGCCCACUACAUAUCUGCAAGCUUGUAAAAAGUGAUUGAAAUUAAAAGUUGCCAUGAUUUGGUAAACCAUAA